AUGAUAUCGGAGACGCCAUCAGUUCAUGUUGAACAAACCUCGAAGGUUGUAAAUCACCAGGAAUGUGAAUUUAAUACAAUGAUAGAAGUAAAUAAUUUACAGAAAAAGCCUGAACAGAUUAAUCAUGAAAAUGACUCUUCAUCACAAGAACAGUCUAAUGAAACAAAAACACAACCAUUAACCUCGAUUCGACAAAAGAAAACAACAAUAAUUUCUGAAAAUGGGAUACAACCAAUGACGCCAUCUGAUACGGGCCCAGUGGAAUUAUUCAAAUACAUUUUUUCAUCGACGCCCAGAAUGCUUUUUGUAUUAUAUUUACUUAUUCUUUUCACUUGGAGUUAUUUACAAAGAUCACCUUUAAUAUUGCUUAGCCUAGGAGUAGCAUUUGGUUAUUUUCUUAGAGCAAACACAGUGACAAACGAAGUAAAAGAAAAAAUUGUGAUGGUGAAAGAUACAAAUAUGUCAAGAAGUUUAAGCUCAGUUGAGUUACUAAAAUCAGCGGAAAAAGUAAAAUCGACAGAUCUUACAAUCACACCAAAAAUUGAUAAGGCUUUAAAUAAAGCAUUUAAAUAUAUUACACGUGAUAUCAUAGAAUUUUAUUAUGAUCCAAUGAAUCCUAACAAGGAUACAGAAUUUUCAAUUCAAGUCCAAAACUCUAUGAAUGUAAUGGCAAUGAAUUUAGCUUUAUGUUUCCAAAACUUAGAUAAAGUAGAAUUAGGUAUAAUGUCGAGUUUCGCAAUCUCAAAUACAUUUAUUGUUCAUUUGCGAGAAUAUAGAAAAUUUAUAGCAACAAAUAAAUCUUUGAGUGAUUAUUGUAGACAAAAUGAAUCUUCUGUACUUACCCAGUCAACCGACAGAAAAUCUCAAGCACAAAUACUUCGCUCGGUAUCUCAUUUGGUGCUUGCAAGACUAUUACCUUCAUCAGAAGUACAUAGUUGUAUUUUAAUGGCUUUUUUAUCUGAACUUUUGGCAAAUCAAAUAUUCCAAACAACGCUCGAUACUGUUUGCGAUCCUGAUUGGAUUAAUUGUACUAUUGUUGAAUAUUUAACUGAUAUAUCUCCAAUAGAUGCAAUUGAUGACGACGAUGCUAAUUUGUUUCAUGAGUUGGCAAAUUCGAUAGAAGCUGCUGAAUUAGCUGAGAAAUUAAAGCACCCUUCUGAUUCUUCAGACUUUAUAGAUCUUACACCCGCAAUACCUCAUGAGGUUCCAAUUGAAAAUCGAUCACCUAAUUUGAGUAAUGGUUCAUCAAAAAUUCAAACGAAUCAAUCGUUGAUUGAAUCACCUACAUCAUCGCAAUUAAAUUCGUUCAUGGAUUCUAAAACCGAAAUUAAUGAUGAACCAACAGAAUUUGUUACGAAAAUAACGGAAAAUGUUUCUUUGCCGGAUGCUCUUAACCGUCCUACUUUAAGUUCCAAUAAAUCAACUUAUUUACAAAAAAUUCUAAAUAAACCGGAAGUUUUUGCAGAGUUUAUGGCUUUUCUUGAAGAAAGGAAAAAGGCUAACUUAUUAAGAUUUUGGCUUCAGGCCGAUUCAUUCCGGAAAAUUGCAACUGAUGAAGUUAAUAUUAAAUUGAUUCAAGAAGAUGCUUUAGGAAUAUUCAAAACUUAUUUCGGUGAAACCGCGACUUAUCCCGUAAACGUUGUCGAAGAAGGAUUGAUUAGACAAUGUGCGAGUGAGAUAUCAAAAUCACCAUCAAGCCAUUGUUUCGCAAUGGUAGAGGAAUAUGUUUUUGACACUUUGGAAAGAGAUUAUUUCGAUGAUUUUAUACAAUAUAUGAAAACUCAGGGAGAAGAUAUGAGCUUUUUGAUCGAACAUAAACCCGUGCAGAAAGAUAUACUUCCACCUGAAGAUAAAUCGAGUUUUUUAUCAGGAGCUUUAGUCGCAGAAAAGUUUUUUAGACGGUUCAAUACAGUGGACAAUUCUGUCUUAUCUCCUGAAGGAAUUAAUACUUCUGAACAUUUAAAAGUUCCGAGACGAUCUAGAUCUUGGUCAAAUGAUAUUUAUGACGAAACUUUGGAAGAUUUGAAUGAAAAUAUCCUUGACAAUUCCGACGCAAAAUCUACUAAAUCUUCCCAAUCUACUAAAUCUGCUACGUCAGAAAGAUCAUAUGAGGUUGAUGAUACAACUGAAAGUGAUCGUGAAUCGAUAUCAGACCAACCAAAAAUUCCAAUGAUGGAUUUAACAGGAGUCCGUAUAAAAAUGACGGAUGUUUCCGAAUCACCAAAUAAAUACAUUUAUUCUACAAAAUCAUUAGGUUAUAUGAUUGAAGUUGAACAACCUGGAUCAACAGGGUGGAUUAUGACAAGAAGUUAUGCAGAUUUUGAAAAAUUGCAUCAAUCUUUGGUACAAACUUUUCCCAAAGCUGAGAAAAAUAAGAAUCAAGAAGCUUGCAAAGCCUUAGAAAGAUACUUAAACAUUUUAUUAAGCGAUGUAAUGCUUUGCGAAAGCGAAGCUCUCCAGAAAUUUAUGAAAAGAGAUGGACUACCAAAAGAGAAAUUAGAGAAAACAACUAAUAAAAUAACUAAAGGUUUAUCCAUAUUGUCAGUUCCAAAAUCUAUGUCUAUG